GUGCGAUUUCAACUGUCGAUAACUUUGGUCACACUGCGAAAAAAAAAUUGUGAAUGUGAUCCAAGGUGCAUAAAACGACAAAGUAAAAAAUUGUCAUCGUCCAGACUUGUCAGUGAUUCGUAAACCCAAAAGCCUUUUGCAUUCGUCUAAGCAAAAUGAGUGCCGUCGCCAGCAGCGAUCCAGCCAUCAGUGGCAUGGCCCUUGGUCGGAGCCAGACCAUCUGCCGCUAUUACGUGCGCGGAAUCUGCCGCUUCGGGGAACUCUGCCGCUUCUCCCACGACCUGACUCGCGGUCAUCCGGAGUGCGAGCAGCAGGUGGCCACCGAUGUGCUCCCGAAGCCCAGUACCAGCAGUAGCAGCAGCAGCCACUUCGCCAGCACCUCCAGACAGCCGCGGAACUGGGCUAACGCGCCAGUGUUUGUGCCCAGCCAGAAGCGUACUCCUGCCCAGGAACAGAUUGAGGAGGCCACUGUGGGGCCAGAGGCGCAGACGGAGGCGGAUGGUGAAGCGGCCUACGCCGCCUACCAGCCCGCCAUCUCCUGGGCCGAAGUGGUGGGUGGUCCUUCAUCUGUGAACACCAAAGUGGACUACGCCAACAUGAAUCCCGCUUCGCUGGAGGAAGUCUGCCCGUACGAGAGCCCCUGCGCCUGGAGCGAACUCUGCCCUUACCGCAUUCACAUGGAGCUAUGCGAAAUGUGCGACCAAUAUUGCCUACAUCCAACGGAUCAAGCCCAACGCAAGAAUCACAACCGCGAGUGCCUCCAGCAGCACGAACAGGCCAUGGAGCUGUCCUUCGCCAUCGCCAGAUCCAAGGACAAGACGUGCGGCAUCUGCUUUGACACGAUCAUGGAGAAGGCGGGCAGGGAAAAGCGUUUCGGCAUCCUUCCCAACUGCAACCACAUAUUCUGCUGAUGCAUUCGCACAUGGCGCCAGGCCAAACAGUUUGAGCAUAAAAUAACGCGAGCUUGUCCCGAAUGUCGCGUGUGCUCGGACUUUGUGUGCCCCAGUGCGUUUUGGGUGGAGACCAAGGAGGAAAAGGACAAAUUGCUCAAUGAUUACCGCGCCGCCUUGGGAGCGAAGGACUGCAAAUACUUCAAAAAAGGCGAAGGCAAAUGCCCCUUUGGUAACAAGUGCUUCUACAAGCACGCCCUGCCCAAUGGCGAUAUCAUCGAUGUGGGAUUGCCGAAGCGCACUAGAAAGUUACAGAGCCAGAAUGAAAUAAUCGACUUACUGGAUAUCUAUCUAUGGGAAUAUGUAGAUCGGCGUGACUAUCACUGGCUGGAGAUAUUUUCAAGUGAUUUAAGCGAAAGUUCCGAUUUCUCGGAUGAUGAAUAGGCUUUUGGAGCAGAAGGAAACAAAAAAAGGAACAACAGCCCAAAAGCAUACAAAUUUGGAUAGACAGUCCGAGAAAUAAGUAACCAAUAUUCAAACGAUAUAUAUAAAUGAUACUGAACCAAAUAUCGAAUGCGAAAUUAAACAAAAAAAUGUAUUUGGGUACCAAAUUUAGGUUACAUAAUAUUUAUUCUCCACUUAAUGCAACGAAAUUUACAGCAACUUUUCCGUACUUGUAUUAAAUUAAAUUAUAUUUAAUACCAUAAACAAGUGGUUCAACUUAAACCUAAAGGAACAUUGAUAUAUCAUUAAAUAUGAAUACACAAGUUUAGAGAUAAACAAACAGUAAACAGUACAUUUUGAGAAUAGGUGAUAUAAAAUGUGUAAACUAUGCCUUUCAGACUGAAUUGUAAAGAUAAAAAUACAUACAUUCUUUAAUCGGUUUUCUACUCAUUUUUUGAAGUUUAACAACUACAACUAAGUGAAACGCACAUAGCAAACGACAACGGCACGUCUAUCUGGAUAAAUGCAAGCAUUCAACCUCGAAUGAGUCAGUGUAUCAUAACCGAGCAGAAACUAUUCCCUUUCGUCGAUAAAUGAAAUUUUUGUUAUUGUUAUGAGCCUUUGUGUUAGAGUAUUACUGUUGCAUACCUAUAAUUCAGUAUAUUUGUAAUCGUUGGCCACAAGCGUAAUACCCAAACCACUACAAAUAUGAUAUGUAUAACAUCUAUAUUGUAUAUUGAUUUUAAGUAUAUACUUUCGAAAUGUACCUCUUUAAAAUGUUUUGUUUUUACUGAUACGAAUGUAAUGUGUUGUCCAUUAGCAAAACAACAAUUAAUAAACUAAGGGAAUUAACAUAUAGACCCAACAUGUUCAAAAUCCAAAACCUAAAAUCAAUGUAACAAUUACUUGAAAAAUCUCAAUAAUUGCAUAGGAUCGGGUUCGGCGAUUCGAAUCCAUUUGUAUGUGAUUCAUAGUUGACAAACAAAAAAUAUCUUAUGAAUAAUUGGUAAUAAGUAAAUAGUUUUAAAAACAUGAAAAUGGUCGUUGAAAUAUGAUAUAGAAUGAACAGUUCAGUUUAACAAAUACAUGCUACCGUAAAAGCUGAAACGCAA